AGUGUCAGCAACCUGCUGAGUACACAGGGACAGAGUGAAAGCCAAGCUUGUGUUGUCGUUAUGAUUAUCAAAGCGUGUAUGUGAUGCGCUAGGAUUCUCUAACGAUAGAAGAUGUGGACAAUUCUGACAGAAGUGGGAUUGUGUCUGGUGAAGAGGAAGACAACAGAGUUGGGAAAUUUGAGGACUUGAAGUGUGACAGCAUGGAGAAACACAAGCGAAAAAAACACAAACAUCAUAGCAAGCACAGAAAACAAAAGCAUUCGUCACUCGAGGAGAAGGAACAUAAACACAAGCACAGACACAAGCAUAAAAAACACAGACGCCAAGAUCCUUGCAAGACAGAUGAUGGCGAGUGCCUCGUGGAGGACACGAUAGAGAUGCUCUCCCUGAAGCGUGCCAGACUGGAUGACCUGGCGGCGUUGGAGGACUUGGAGAAGCAGCGGGCCAUGAUCCAAGCAGAGCUUGAUAAUGAACUGUUGGAGGGUAGGGUGCAGUCAGGAAUGGGUCUGAUUCUGCAGGGGUAUAACUCUGGUUCAGACGAGGACGCUGAGAUGCAGGAGAAAGCAUGCAAUGGUGAGGAACAGAGGGAGACACUGGAGAGGCCGGACAUGGCUGAGGGGUCAGGGAGCUACCCCUCCGCCACAGGCCCAGAGAGUCAGCAUGACUGUAGAGGCAUGGGAAAGCUGGGUUCCAGGCAGCGUGGCAGGAAUAAGUCCAAGGAAAGGCCCGUCAGUCUGAUCAGGUCAGAUCAGAGGAGGACGACUGGCUCGGGUGACGAGGGAGCUAGAGAGCCCAGCUCUUCAACACAGAGGGGGUCGUCAAGCAGCGUCCAGCAGUCCGGAGAGAGGCGGCAGAGGUCCAGAUCUCCUGUACUGUCGCGGAAGCCAGAGUCUCUUCACAAGGUUCGCCGUUCACAUUCUGAGGAGGUGGAGAAGGGGAUUAGGCGAGCCGCUUCGCCCUCAGUCGCACAGCCUGGGAGCAGACGAAGCUCCGACCAACCCACCCCACCCGAGAAGGCCACACGCUCCACAUCCAAAGACAGACACGGAGGUCGUCCUGAGUCGGACCGCAAACGGGACAGGGAAAUGUCGUCUCCUUCAAAGGAAGUCUCCUCGGGCAAGGAGAACAGAUCUCCCCACAGAAAGCAAAGUCCAGCCCAGCACAGAUCCUCUCAUUGGAGCAGAGAACAUUCUCCUCAACAGCCUCCCAGCAGCCUGAGCAGCGAUAGGGGGUCCAAGCGCCACCACUCUGCACCCCGCAACAGAUCUCCGGCUGACACCAGGGGGCGCUCACGGUCUACAGAAAGGAGAUGGAGAGACUCCGACCGGAACAGACUCUCGUCUGCCAGGAGGCGCUGUCGGGGCGAAGCAGGCAGGUGCAGCGCGCCGGACUCCAGGCGGAGGCCGAGCGUUUCGCCCCUCAGGUGCAGGACCCGCUCCCCGAGGAGACACUCCAGCCGCUCCCCUCCUCCCAGACGCAGGUUUGUGGAGCGGGACAGGCUGGACCACAGGCAGCAGACACACUCAGGAUCACAGGAAAGGAGGAGGAGGGACAGAGAUAAGGAGGACAAGUUUAAAGGCAGCCUGUCUGAAGGCCAGAGGGCGGAGCAGGAUGAAUCGGAAGACGAAGUGCUGGAGGAUUAUGAUGUCGAUGAAGAAGACGAGGAAGCUUUGAUUGAACAGAGACGACUGCAGCGCUUGGCGAUUGUGCAGAAAUACAAGGAACUAAAGGAGGACAGCGUGAAGUCGGAGGCCGGCAGCGCUCAGAGUAGCCCUCGCAGUCGCUCGGCCUCCCCGGACGAUGUCCUCGAGCGUGUCGCGGCCGACGUGAAGGCUUACGAACAGGAGAAUGUGGACACUUUUGAGGCCAACAUCAAGGCCAAGCACAAUCUUCUUGCCCAGGAGAAAGACGGGGCAAUUCCGAAGAAACCUUCAGCUCCUGACAUGUUUACAGAGUCAGAUGACAUGUUUGCGGCAUACUUUGACAGUGCCAGGCUGCGAGCAGCAGGCAUUGGUAGGGACUUCAAAGAGAACCCCAGCCUCAGAGACAACUGGACAGACGCAGAGGGGUAUUACCGGGUGAACAUCGGUGAGAUGUUGGAUAAGCGUUAUGACGUGUACGGUUAUACCGGGCAGGGUGUGUUCAGUAACGUGGUCCGGGCUCGGGACCUGGCCCGCGCCAGUCAGGACGUGGCCGUGAAGAUCAUACGCAACAACGAGCUCAUGCAGAAGACUGGCCUCAAAGAGCUGGAUUUCCUCAAGAAACUGAACGACGCAGACCCCGACGACAAGUUCCACUGCCUGCGCCUCUUCCGGCACUUCUAUCACAAGCAGCACCUAUGCCUGGUGUUCGAGCCCCUCAGCAUGAACCUGCGCGAGGUGCUGAAGAAGUACGGUAAAGACGUGGGCCUCCACGUUAAAGCUGUUCGCUCCUACAGCCAGCAGCUGUUCCUGGCCCUCAAGCUUCUGAAGCGCUGCAACAUUCUCCACGCCGACAUCAAGCCUGACAAUAUCUUGGUGAACGAGUCCAAGACCAUACUCAAGCUCUGUGACUUUGGCUCUGCCUCCCACGUGGCCGAUAACGACAUCACGCCAUAUUUGGUCAGUCGGUUCUACAGGGCACCUGAGAUCAUUAUCGGAAAACCGUAUGAUUAUGGAAUUGACAUGUGGUCUGUGGGAUGCACGCUGUACGAGCUGUACACAGGGAAAAUCCUCUUCCCUGGAAAAACUAACAACCAUAUGCUCAAGCUUGCCAUGGACCUUAAAGGGAAAAUUCCCAACAAGAUGAUCCGGAAAGGGCUGUUCAAGGACCAGCACUUUGAUUCCAACCUGAACUUCCUGUACACGGAGGUAGAUAAAGUUACUGAGCGGGAGAAAGUGACUGUGGUGAGCAGUAUCAACCCCACUAAAGACUUGCUAGCAGAUAUGGUGGGUCACCAGAGGCUCCCCGAGGACCAGAGGAAGAAGGUGGCUCAGCUCAAAGACCUCCUGGACCAGAUCCUGGUGCUGGACCCUGCUAAGAGGAUCAGUAUCAACCAGGCUCUACAGCACACGUACAUCCAGGAGAGGGUGUGACCACCUCGCAGGACACACGGCACCAAGCACUACACAAAAAACAUGUCUGCCAUCCAAACGGACGUCAGCAGAUGUGACUCAGAAGAGACGUUUUAAUAUUUAAGUAACGUUGCUGCUUUUUAUGUCUAAGCAGCCGUACUGUGACGGUUUCAUUUUAAAUUUACGAUACGUUGCUAAAGUAUUCGUCCUUGCCGGCCUGCCAGUGUAUAUAUUCAAUGAACUGCAGGGUGCUUCACAGGCUGAAAUACUUCUUCAGGCCUAUUUGUUUGUUUAUUUAUUGUUUUCUUUUUCAUUCUCGCAGUUGUUCUCCAUGCACCCUGCAGCUCAUUAUCCUUUCUAUACGUUCAGAAGACAAAAAUCUUUGAUACUUUUACGGAGACUUUAGACCUGUAAAUAUGGCAGUGUUCCAGUAAUCUAAGCCACCCCUUACACUGUAUCAUGUGUUAUCAGGUCAGUAUAAAUGCUGUGUAUAUCCACGUCUCCCUCAGGUGUUUAGAGCGAGGGCGCCCCCAGCUGUGCGGGCAUGUAGGUGUUUGUCUGCUGAAAUCGAAGUUCUUGAGCCCUACCUGAGCCCUCCUGCAGUGCAGACAGGUUGUGUUCCUCUGUUAGUACACGUAAGGUAAGCAUGCCCCCUCCCCCCACUCCCAGGAACGCCGUUGUACCCGUGUGGUGAAUUCACAGACUGCUUUGGCAUCUGCUGUACAGGAGAGGGGCGGAUGAACGUCCGCUGUCCCUCACCAUUUACUCCACAGAGCCAAAGGCCAAGACUAAGCUCGAAGACAAGCUUGGUUUGACUAAAUCUGAGCAGGGUAGUUACACUCACUGUUGAGGGCAAGAUUUAAGACGAGACUGGAGUCUUGCGGGAACUGGCGUCUGCGAUGUCCUGCCUCUGAGCGUAAAGCCUGUUCAGGGUCUGAUCCUCUCAGCACAUAUGCUCUCUGACAGUUCUCAUGGUCUAACCCAGUACUCUCUCAAGGUACGCAUGUGUGUGUAAGUGUGUGACGUCAACCAAGUCCUUCACUGUGUACCUCUGUGUGUGGCCCUUGGGUCUGAUGUGAUCGUGUUGUCUUUUGAUACAGGAGUAUACCUCAUCUGCUCUGUCAACCUGCUUGUUUUGAGGGGUAAUUGCUUCUUUAUUUCAUAUCACUUUGUUGUUCAAAUAAGAGAUAGUGAAAAGACUAGCUCACGCUGGAACUGUUUUUGUAUCCCUUUUGCAAAAAAAAAAAAAAACCUUCCCUGCAUGGUAACGACUAGCUUGCAUUUAACUGUAAAUUCACAAUAUAUGUUAUUAUAAAACAAUAUAAAAUAAAGAUGUUUGUGGUGCAGAAAAAGUAAGAACACGUGGUUGUAGACCUCCCAAGAGGUCCUGUCUGUCUUUUACACACUCUUAUCAGAAAUAUAAGUUGCUCUGUGCUGUACACUGACACUAACCCUGUUUGUGAUGUUUCUCCCACUUUUCCUGUGGUUGCUGAGAGAGAGAGAGAGAUAGUAAUCUCCAGCCACAGGAGGCUCUUCUCUGUGCACCGUCCUCCAGCCUGCCUCUGCUUUCAGAGAGACGAGACCUCCACAAGACCCCUUAUCCAGGUCCCUUCUAAAGGCAUGUGUAGCUCCAACACAGCACCACAGAGCUGAGAGGAACUUCAGAUGGGAGGAUUAGAAUUUAACUUGAAUACUAAGACCCUAAAGUCUCCUUGACACUACACUUGGAUGAAUAGUUACUGGUUGCAAGGACACUUGCAGGUGUUUGGGAGCACUGCCCCUUGUGGCGUGCAAGAGUACUGCGAGGAGGUUGUGACGUGUGUACCGUGCAAAGAAACCAAGCCCUCAUGGUUUGCUGUAUUUCUAGUCCUGUGGUUUCUGAACAGCCAUGCCGUUAGUGCAUGUGACCACAAACUCUAGGCCUACAGAGUCCUUACUUAUCUUAAAGGUCUUCUCCAGUGUUAAACCUCAUAAUUAAUGUACUUUUGGCAUUCAGAGUAGUUUAAAACCACAUUGUUUUGACAAAACAAACAAUCUUAAAGCAUUUUAAAGUUCCAGACAGCUCAAUCUCUAAUACCUCAGAACUAUAAUUUACUAUAAUAAAGUAAUUUAAGCACCCUAAAAACUGCUCCAAACACUCAAUAAAACAAAAUCAAGUUAAUCCCACAUGACAUUUGUAGCGUAAAUUCCUUUAGAGCAUAGUAUUCAUUAAGUGUGAAUUAUGUAAUAACACUGAAACUAGUUUAAAAGGUAAAUACAAGUGUGAGGACUGAGAGACCGGACUCACCAGUGGACCGUUGAAGUGUAGGGGCUGUGUGAUGUGACCCCGUGUCUCGGGAUGGACUGUUCCAGGUCCCUUAAAGACCCCAUUGUGAAUCCAGAUCAUGACUGAGACUGUCAAUCAGGACAGUCUCCAUUACACAGACAUGGAUAACAGGAAUGUGGGGAUCUGCACAACAGUGAUUUGGUUGUUUGUAGUUGUAAAAGGUACAAAAAUAUAAUGACAAAUAUUCCUUGGACAUGAAGCUGGUUUCCCCAAACUGAAUAACGCAUCGUCUCACAUUUACCAUUCAGUAACUUCACAGACCUGUGCCUACAUGUUCUCAGAGGGGCACACGUGCAGGCUGACGUUAAUGGCUGCCCCAGUUUCAGGAACGUGUGCUCUUCACUAUAUCCACACUGCAAAAGAUACUGGUUCAUUUGUUCUCUGUAUUCUAGGUGCUGUCCAAUAGAGAAGACUUAAAGGAACCACACCUGACCAAAGGUUUCUGUUUUAGAGCCAGAUUUCAUUUAUCUGCUUAUUUACUUAUUUUAUAUGAGCUUGAAUUUGUCUACCUUUAAGGAGAGGUAUGGACUCUACAUGCAGGUGUAUAUGCAGGUUGUUUUAGAAAUCAGAACACACUGACUACUGGCACUACCAAAGACAGUUUGGAGACCCAUACUGGGUUUCAGCUGAAGAACCUCAGGUCUAAAGCAUCUGGGCUAGUUAAAAGCUAGAGCUACACCCUGCCACCUGCAGCAUCUGAUCAACAUGUUUCUUUAGCUAUAUCACACAAUGUUAAUUUGGAGGUAUGUAGCCAGACAAUGUUAAUUUGGUGGUAUGUAGCCAAAUUGACCAUCAGAAAGGUAAUAAAAUUUUUUAAUUACUGACAUGUUCAUGUUUUUAUUCAUGAUCCUGAAGACUAACCUUAAUUUAUGAAUUUCUUUGUUUUAAGGUAAGUCAACGUUUCCUUCCUGUUAUAAGCACUGUUAAAGACACCCAAGCCUGGACGGUUGAAGACUCCCAAGCCUGGAUGGUUAAAGUCUCCAACUCCUUCCACUCAGAAUAAUGACCUCAGUACAUUUGAAAUUAACUGGGGUUUUUUUUUUUAGUAGUAGUAAUCAUACUCAUUUGAAUGUUGUGGAAUAUAUAUAAGGCAUUAGUAGAUUGUAUGUAAAUAUAUGUAAACACCAAUAAAUAGUUCCAUUGUUUUU